CAUGGGUUUUGAGGUUGGAUGGGGGACGAAAGAGCGCACAAAAUGCAACCGAAAAAGCGCCAACGCCGCAACGAGUUGUCAGUUCACUUUGGGAGCUCUUACAGUGCAGUCGAUCGUCUUUAAUCUCGAGCCGAACAAAUUUUAUCUGUGAAGUCGUUACGAUAUUUAAAAAAAAAAUAAACUAUAAAACAAAAACAUGAAGUGUCCAAAUUAUUAAGCUAACACAGAGAAUGCUGUUAACUAUUUAGAGCAUGUAUUAAACAUUGUAUGUAAAUUUUGUCAUCUAAAUUUGUAGUAUUUCGCAUAAAAAAAAAAAAAACAAAAAAACAGUACAAAUUGUGUGGUGCUGUGUUAUGCAGAGUCAAAUUUUUGUCAUACAUAGCUAAAUUUGUAGUUCCAUGGUGUGUGUACGACUGCUGCUGCCCCAUCCUGCUGUGCAUAUCUAUACACAAAUAUCCAACAACAUUUAGUCUUCAAAACUAAACAUGAUGAUGGACGAUGACAACUCGGAUCUGCUGGUCUGUGCCACAGAGAUGCAACAAGAGCGUUUGUACUUUGUGGUUUUUAAGAAGAACAUAAAGCCAAAGAAUACGGCAAAUACACACUAUUUUAACAUUGAUGAGGAGUUUGUGUAUGAGAAUUUUUACAACGAUUUCGGGCCACUCAAUCUAUGUAUAUUAUAUCGCUACUGCAUGAAGCUGAACACCAAACUGAGUGCCAAGAGUCACGCUAACAAGAAAAUCGUGCACUACACCUCCAUGAAUCCGGCCAAGCGUCUUAAUGCGGCCUACCUGAUUGGUUCGUAUGCAAUAAUAUACCUGAAUAAGACUCCAGAGGAGGCAUAUAAAUUACUUGUUGCCGGGGAUAUACCCGCUUAUACACGUUUCUGUGAUGCCAGCUAUGGUCCCAGUAGCUUUAAGAUUUCGCUACUCGACUGCCUCAAUGCCAUACACAAGGGCCUGCAGGCGGGCUUUGUUAAUUUCAAUGACUUUGAUGCAGAGGAGUACGAGUAUUUUGAGCGUGUCGAGAACGGCGAUUUCAAUUGGAUUGUGCCGCAAAAGUUUAUCGCGUUUUGUGGACCACAUCAAAAGUCCAAGACGCUACCCAACGGUUAUCCAUGCCAUGCGCCGGAACGCUAUUUUAGCUACUUUCGGGAUAACUAUGUGACGACGGUGAUACGAUUGAAUGCUAAAGUCUAUCAUGCCUCGUCCUUUGAAAAUGCUGGCUUCGAUCACAAGGAUUUGUUCUUUAUUGAUGGCAGCACACCAAGCGAUACCAUACUCAAGAAGUUUUUAUCUAUUUGCGAGACGACAAAGGGUGCAAUUGCGGUGCAUUGCAAGGCAGGAUUGGGGCGCACCGGAAGCCUUAUAGGUGCCUAUAUUAUGAAGCAUUACGGCUUUAGUGCGCUGGAGGCCAUUGCCUGGCUGCGUUUGUGUCGACCUGGCUCUGUGAUCGGACACCAACAGCAAUGGAUGGAGGAUAAGCAGAGCUGGCUGUGGUCUGAAGGAGAACGCAUGCGACGACGCAGCGGCUUGCCGAUGCUGCAGCACAAAUAUGGCAUCUAUAGCUUGGAUCUGAAGACCAAGCUGAGUGAUAACGAGCAGCUCCAGCAACAGCAACAACAACAGCAACAGCAGACAUCAACGAGUCCCUUUGACCAUGUAGAUUUGUUGUUAACGCGCGUUAAGGGCAUUUCACAGCGCGUGGACACAAUGCAUUUGCAUGAUCAGGACACGCUGGAUGCGACUUAUAGCGAGCAGACCGAUGAGGAGCUUUCCGAGCAGCAGCUGGAUCUGCAGGAGCAGGAGCUGCACUAUCAAUCCACGGAUGAAACCAAUUGCAAUGUCAGCGAUAAUGAUACGGAUACGGCAAGUGCUGCCGCCGAUCAACCGCUGAGUUCCACCUACACAAUCUCCACGAGACGCCGCAAGUCACCAUCGAGCGCCAAUAAGCCAACGGUUAUAGCCAACACAUUGCGCCGUCUGGUCAAUCCAGGUUCCAUUCGCAGCGCCAGCAAUGCCAUAUCCAGCUUAGAGCCAGCUGGAAGUUGCACGGAGAAGAAGCUACGCAAGCCAAGUGCCAAUGUUUUUGAGGCAGCUCGUCAUACAAUUGCUUCCUCCGUGCGCAUGAAUCAAACGGCGCUCGAGAAGAAGCAGUCGCAGACUCAGGGCGAUAAACUCAAUCAGAUCAAGGCGCUGCGGAGACAUCAUUCGCGCUCCAGCAACAGCAAUAGUGAGACGGAUACCAAUCUGGGCAUACGGCAUACCCGUGCUCGGUCUCAGCCAUUUCGGAACAACAACAAUGUGGUGCAAGUGUCGACAACACCAUUACCCAUUAAAACUGGAAGCUGUUUGCCGAGCACUGCGGCGAUAACAACAACAACAGCAGCAGCAACAUCACUUAACAUUAACAACAACAACAACAACAACAACAACAAUAAUAAUUACAAUAAUCUAAGCAACUCCUUGCAUAACUGUAACAAUAAUAGCACUAACAACAACAUCAACAACAACAACAACAAUAUGCAGACCAACAACUUGGUCAGUCGCACUCGAAGUCUGGCUAUCUACAGCAAAAGAAUGGAAUUGAAACACUUGCGCAAAGCGGAACAACAGCAACAAGAACAGCAGCCCGCUGCUGCGAUAGCCGCUGUUAUUGAUAAGCAAUUGAAACCGUAUACAACGAUCAAUGAGAGCAAAAUUCCAAUUGGAAUUGGUGCUGCUGCUGGCGGUGCCGGCAGCUCGGCAACCAUACCGCCCAUACGCAGCAGCGUCUCGCGCAGCUCACAUCAUCAUAUGACGCUUAGGGGCCGAUCGCGUAUACGCCUACAGCGACCCGGGGUGGCUGGUGGGAGCGGGGGCGGGGGUGUGGCUGGGUCGGGGGAGCAACCCUGCACGGUGGCAACGGCGCGUUAUUAUCGUGAUGUGUCUGCCAUUCCCAGCGUGUCAUCGUCGCUGGCGAAUGUUUGCAGUAGCAGUUACAAUAUUGCCACACGUUCCACAUCCGCCACGCUUGAUCUCAACUCGAAUCCGCUUCUAACUUCAAAGAUACCCAACAUGAACAACAAUCUCAAUCACAACUGCAAUUUGAGUAAUUCGCAUUCUUCUACACUUCCUACUCCUUCCCCCCUAGACACAAGCCAGCUUAGCAUGACGAUCAACAGCAGCAGCAACAACGAGGAGCAACAGAAUUUCAAUCUGGGCAGCAAAAGGAGCAAACGUUCCCUAAGCUCAACGCGCAUUGAAAAGGACAAAUGCGAUGAGUAUAACACAAAGUUGUUGCGUAAAACAAGUCUUGCAACAGCAGCAGCUAAAAGCAGCAACAACAACAACAGCAACAGCAGUAAAUACAACAGCAACAAUGGCACGCCCACAACCAGCUUAGGAGGCGGCGGCAGCUUUCGACUCUCACGACGCAUCUUUGCGGAAUCUGGCUCAUCGGCAUCGACAUCGACAUCUGCCUCCAAUUCGGGCAUACCAACACCCACAGCACCGCCCACAUUGCCGUGGCAACAACAACAGCAACAACAACAACGUCGUCUUACCACGGAACGCGAUCAGCAACAACAACAGCAUUUGAAGCUGCGCAAGAAGAUUAGCUACUAAUUGUUAUUGUUGCCUUUUAUAUUUUGUAAAACAAAACAAAAAAAAAUUAAUACAUAGUAUUUAUAUUUAUAGUAAAAAUUUACAGGCGACCCUACAAAACGAAUUGCAGGAUUGUUAAUAAUAGUGAGACACAUGUAUUUCUUUUUGGGGAGUGCUGGGAAUGAAAUCGCAAAUACUUUAGCUAAACGAUUGCCUUCAAUAACUGUGAAUUCGAUUACAUCGAUAAUCGUCAAUCCGAAUUUUAUCGCUUAUUUAACUUAACAAUUGCAUAAAACGGGGAAAAACACAAAAUAAGAUUUCAUUUCGAUUUUGUUGUUGCAAUUUUUGUUAGUGUUACAAUUAUACAAAGCAAUUAUACAAAUUAUACUAAGCAAUAAUUUGUUAGUUAUACAUUUAAGCAGUAAUUUUUUUUGUAUACUUUAUAAAGAAUGAGUAUGCGGUUUCGUUCCUUACUCCAUAUAUGCUAUAAAUCGAAUUGUACAAAGUUUACAAAAAAAAAAAAAUGUACUUUCGCUUUCGUAUUUUACAUAUGUAUGUAUUUUUAUUAAACAAAUGUUUAUUUUAAUUAAGAGAAAGUUAUAUAUAUUAUGUACAUUAAUUCAGAGGUGUACGAGGUGCAAGAGUGCAUCUUGUGUAUGUAUAUAAUAGUUUUUAAGUAUUAGUUCAAAUAUACUAAUGUUAUAUAAAAA